CUCUCUCUCUCUGUCGAUCUUUCCCAUUUUCAGCCGUCGAAACUUCAUCGAUCAGACGCGGUUCUUCAGAUGCGCUGACGAGAGACGCCGCGUCUGACAAAAGCCACCAAGAGAGUCAAACGCAAGUAUCUCUUCUUCUUGUCAUCAGUUCGUUCGAUGAAGCAGAUGGGAAGAUCUCUCAGAAGCAGCAAGAACACGCCUUCUUCUAGAAGCGUCUCGUGGCCAAGAAUCCGAGGGCACCAAAACCGAUGAAAGUGUUUCCUUGUAGAAGUAGGAGAUUUAUAAAGAACGAGAAUGGCUAGAAUUGGUGUAUUUGUGGCUUCUUUUGUACUGUAUCUUCUCUUCGUAGAUUGCCACGCUGCAGAAACAGAUGUCAAGAAGGCGGAUCCGAAUUCUGUACUCGAUCCAAAAGAUGGAAGCCGAUCGGUUGAGAAAUUGAAAACAGGGUCGGAUUCGGAAUCUGCGAAAGUCGAUGAAGGAAAGAAAGGUGGAGUUCUGGGUGGAGGGUUGGAAGGGGAAGUCAAGAAAGAUUCCGGAGUGAAUGAUUCACACGGAAAUAGUAAGGUGGAAAAAGAUAAGAGUGGGAUGAGUAAAGAUUUGGGCGUGGAUGGUGGGCAGGAGAAGAAGGGCUCAACGAAUGAGGGAUCUGAUUCUAAGGUUGCGGAAGAGGGGGCCAUCCAAGGAGGGGAUUCUGCCCUUCAGAAAGCUUCGAGGAAGGAGAAUUCCCGGGCGGAAGAGUGCGAUGCAUCUAAUAUGUGCACGGAUGACAAGAACAAGUUGGUUGCCUGUUUCAAAGUCCCGGGAAAUGAAUCACCAGAUCUUUUGCUUUUGAUCCAGAACAAAGGAACAGAGUCUCUUACUGUUAAGAUUACUGCCCCCAACUCUGUCGAUCUUGAGCAAACCACGGUUCAACUACCAGGGAAAGAAGAUAAAAAGGUGAAGGCUUCCAUUGGAAGCAGCAUUGGAAGCAGUGUCAGUGACAGGAUGAUAGUCUUGAAAACUGGGACUGGUGUCUGCAAGCUUGAUUUACCAGAUAUACCCAAUUCUGGCAAGGGGACUGAACAUGCACCACAGUCCAGAUACUCUAUCAUCUUCACCCAUGCCUUCGCCAUCUGUGUUUUUGUAGCUGCAGUGCUGCUCAUAGGGGCAGCUUGGGCAUGUGUUAAAUUCCGGAAAGGCCAGGGAUUCAGAUACCGGAAGGUGGAGAUGGAGCUGCCAGUUUCCAACGGAGGGAAGAUGGAGAGUGAUACAUCUGAUGGAUGGGAUAACAGUUGGGGUGACAACUGGGAUGAUGAAGAGGCGCCGAAAACGCCUUCACAGCCUGUUUCGAAUCUGUCGUCCAAAGGCCUUGCUUCCCGGCGAUCUAAUAACAAAGACGGUUGGCAGAAUAGCUGGAAGGAUUAAACUUGGAAGAAAGAAAAGUAGAAGGAAAAGAAAAUCGAAAGUUUUUUUUUUUUUAUAAUCAUUUAAGGUCUCUCUCUCUCUCUCUCUCUCUCUCUCUCUCUCUCGUAUUGAUUUUUGGGUUGUGCUUAACCACUUAAAAAUCUAUAAGCAAACAUAAGGAGUGCGUUUGGAUGCACUAUCUAAUUGAAUUGCAAUAGUCAGUCUAAUGGAAGUGGGAAUUGAUCAAA